CUCCUACAUCUACUGCCACCAUUAAAUACCUUUGUGGCAACUUUCAUACACAAUUUAUCUCUUCAUCAAACAAACAAUAUACUUCAUCCGCCUUAGCUAGCUCUACCACUUCCAAUAAUCAA